UAACACUGUAUUGGAAGACAAAAAAAAGUGACAGGUUAUGGAAAGUAAGACCUUUGUUGGAAGCAGUACGAACUCGUUGCAGCGAGUUGCCAAGGCCAUCGAAGGUCAGUAUUGAUGAAAGCAUGAUUCCUUUUCGAGGUAGAAUCAGUAUCAGGCAACAUGUCCCUGGCAAACCUUUCCCAGACGGGUUAAAAAUGUUUGUCCUAGCUUCUCCAAGUGGAAUGGUACUCGAUUUUGAAAUUUUUCAAACUAAAGAAGCAUUGCUAUCCAUUGUUGAAAAGCUGAAUGUUAAACCUGACAGAACCCUCACAACUGGUGAAGCAGCAGUAUUAAGGUUUGUGCGCAGUGUGGAUGCUGGCACAAGUAUCUUUUUUGAUAGAUUUUUUACAAGCUCAAACUUAUUGUGUGAUCUGUAUGACAGAGGCCUUCGAGGAACAGGCACAAUUAAGAAAAACAUGGUACCUAAAGAGGCUAAGCAAAAAUUAAAGACUGAGGCAACCUUGCGCAAAGAGGGCAGAGGGGCAUCUGAUUGCCAAGUCCGAAAUGAUAACAAGGUGGCUGUGACUGCUUGGUAUGACAAAAAGUUGGUACUAAUGGCUUCCAAUGAGUUCUCUAUUGAUGACGAAGAUAUAUGCCAGCGGUGGUCUAAGGCUACCAAUACCCAUGUUGGUGUAAAGAGGCCCCGUGUGGUAAGGGAGUACAACAGUGCCAUGGGGGGUGUGGAUGUUCAUGACCAAAUAGUCAGCUAUUACAGAAGCCCCAAUCGCACUAAGAAGUGGACUGUUAGGGUGGUAUUGCAUUUACUUGAUGUUGUAACUGCCAACUGUUGGCUGGAAUACAGAAAGGAUAUGGAGUCAAAACCCAAACAAUAUCUAGACUUCAAAUUAAUCUUGGCAGACCAGUUAAUGUCAGGUGAUUUCUUUGACCAUGCCACUGACAGUCAGAGUAUUUCUGAUGCAAGUCUCUCUUCAGUAGACUGUAUUGAUUCAGAGACUGAGCCCCCUCCAAAGGCAGCUAAACAGGGCUUGACUCCUCUGCCAAACAGGGCUGAAAGAAAGAAAGGUGCAUCUCAUCUCCCAAUAGUCAUUGAUGGUAAGAACUCUUUCCGCAGAUGUCGCAGAGAAGGAUGUAAGAAUAGAACACGAACAUUGUGCUCUCAGUGUAAUGUAUUUCUCUGCAACUAUGCAAAGAGAAACUGUUUCUUUGAGUUUCAUGUAUAAGUGAUAUAUUUGCUUUCUGUUUUUUAAGUAUGGUGCAUAUGUUCCUCAUCAAAACAAUUAUUUUGCAUAGGAUUA